AAAGAAGAGUAACCCUCUUUUCUUCCUUUCUUCCUUCUCAUGACCAUUUCUCUAUAUAAGACCCUUUCUACUUGCAAAGCAAUUCUUUCUCUAAUAAGCUAGCUAGUAAAGAAAAGUCUGAUAUAUUUGCAACUCCUGACUGGUAAUUUAUAAAGUAAUUCCAUAUAUUUGUUGGUUAUGGGUACUUGUAUGCAGGUUAUUAAUGAAGAAGCUGAUCUGCAUCGUGAUGACAUAUUAGACCAGCUUCCUCCUGGUUUUAGGUUUCAUCCGACUGAUGAAGAAAUUAUCACUUGCUACCUUAGAGAGAAAGUUAUGGACAAGAGAUUUACAGCUAUAGCUGUUGCAGAAGUUGAUUUGAAUAAGUCCGAACCUUGGGAUUUACCUGCUAAGGCAAAAAUGGGAGAAAAAGAAUGGUAUUUCUUUUGGCAAAGAGAUAGGAAGUAUCCAACAGGAAUGAGAACAAAUCGUGCAACAGAAUCAGGUUAUUGGAAAGCUACUGGGAAAGAUAAGGAAAUUUACAAGAGCAAAGGUUGUCUUGUUGGAAUGAAAAAAACUCUUGUCUUCUACAAAGGAAGAGCUCCUAAAGGAGAGAAGACCAAUUGGGUCAUGCAUGAAUAUAGACUUCAAGGAAAUCUUUCUUACAACUGUCUUCACAAGGCAGCUAUGGACGAAUGGGUUAUUUGUAGAGUUUUCCACAAGAAGAUAGGAGUAGGAAGAGGUCCACUAUUUGUGGAAGAUCUCUUAGAUAGUCCCUCUUCACUGCCUUGUUUAAUAGAAAUCCCAAAAGAUGAACUCAACAUAAGAGCCGCUACUACUACAUCGACAUUUGAUGAAAUUCACUCUUUAGCCUACUUUUCCACUGGCAAUUAUGCCUACAAGCAGCAGCAGCUAUUACGAGAGGAUGAGAAGAGCUACGGAUUAUUUGUACCCACACAUUAUAUCUUCACUGGCAUUGAUGAUUAUCAGCACAACAAUCAGCUUGCCAGUUCCAGUAACUCAUCGUACUCCAGUUUCAACCAUGAUCAAUCACUUCCUCCGAAUUCAAAAAUUUCUGAAUAUUCCAAGAAUGGUACAAGGCAGCAGCUCUCGUUGAACAAUAAAUCUAUGAUUAGUCUUUCACAGGAUACUGGACUUUCUUCAGUGAUUCCAAAGCAAGGAUUUGAUAGUGGCAAUCACUUUGAAGAUGCUGAGGAUCAGGAUCUUUCUGUUAACCGGUGUAGCACUAUACCUGCAGAUCUUGAUUCCAUAUGGAAUUAUUAGCUUGAUUUUAAUCUGUUAGAGGAAAUUAUUAGGACAUUAUAUUGUACAGCUUACUCAUUUGUCUUAUCUUUAGGUAAUUCUUUUCACUGAGAUAGAAUAUAUUAAAUGGUAGGUACAUACUAAUUUGAAGGGGUUGAUGAUUACUACUACCUUUUAUGUAAUGUUAACAUUCUUUUCUUUUAUGUUAAUUUAUUUUUAAGUUAA